GAUAGUAAAAUAAUAUAGAUUAUUAUAAAUCAAUAAUGGAAAUUGAUAUAUCAAAUAACCCUUCACAUGAAACAAAUAUGGAUACUACUUCUGAAUUGGAAGGCACCAUUACAGAAAAUGCUGAAAAACAUAAAAAUCAAAUCGUGAAUACUGAAGAUUUAGUUACUACCACCUGUAAUGAUGAUAAUGCUUCUCUCGAAAUGGAAACUUGCACCGAUUUUGAAUCCAUUUCAAUAGAUGUGAAGAAACCAGACGAAAACACUUUAACUACACCGAAUAUAUAUUGCCCUCCAAGUUGGGCUUUAAAUUGUCCUCCAUCUUUAGAUUAUAAAUUAGAAGUUAUUAAAAAUGGUUUACAACUUUCAGAGUGUACAGUCUGUUUAUCAUCUCCUUCAGAUAUAAAUUUACAAUCCUCAUGUGAUAAUGGUUUAAGUUAUUGUUUAUUUGGACGUCAACCUCAAGUAAAUUAUGCACAAUCGGGUACUAUGAAUGGACAAUGUUCAGUACUUGCUCAUCCUUCAAUAAGUCGACUGCAUGCUGUAUUACAGUAUGGCAAACCACCGCAUUCUGUGGGUCAUGUAUCAGAAAAUGAAAAAGAUACUACUGGAUGGUAUUUGAAAGAUUUAGAAAGUACUCAUGGUACUUUUGUUAAUAAGCGACGUCUACCCCCAGGAAGAUAUGUUCGUAUUCGUGUUGGUUAUGUUUUACGAUUUGGUGGUAGUACACGUUUGCAUAUUCUUCAAGGACCAGAAGAUGACAUUGAACAGCAAACUUCACAAUCUUGGUUUGAUUUGAAGAAAUCUCAUGAAGAGUAUAAGAUGAAUUCUAAAAUGGAACGCAAUAUUUCAUCAAUACAGAAUUCAAAUACUGUCAAGCUUGAAUGUAACUGGGGAAUGUCGUUAGAAGAUCCUGUCUCUGAACCAAUUCCAACUUUAUUACAAUCUGGAACUUGUUUAAGUCAUGAAAAAUUAUAUCGUGAUGAUCCUAAACGGGCAUUGAAUGCAUAUUUUGAACGAGAGGGAAUUGAUCCUAUUCCGCAGUAUGAAUUUGUUGAAGCACCAUUUGGAAAACAACACUGUCGAAUUGAAUUGCCGUUGAGUUCAGGUACUGUGACCGCGGAAGCUCUUGUUUCCGGUAAACGAAAAGAAGCUGUUGUUGCUUGUGCUUUAGAAGCAUGUCAACUUUUAGAUCGUUUGGGUGAAUUUGAUCCAGAUAAAGAUCGUUCCACCGCUUUUAAAUUCACUCGAUCACGAGCUUAUUGGGAAGAUCGUGACUAUUAUUCAUCUGAUGAAGAUACAUAUGUUGAUCGAACUGGAGCUGUGGAGAGAAAACGUUUAAAUCGUAUGCGUCAAUUAGGAGUGAAAGAUAAUGAUGAAAUUAAAACAACGAGCGAACUACUGGACAAUGAUAAUGCUGAAAUUCAUAUUGAAAAGAAAAAACGAGUAUCUCAAAAUGCAACCAUAAUGACGAUGCUUUCAGAGUUAGAAAAAAUUGGUGAAGAGAUUGUUUCAAUCGAAGAAGAACUAGAAGCUAUCAAUAAAGAAUUCUCAUCAAAGGAAGCAAAUCCAUCACAACUUGACGAACUAGAGGCCUAUAUGAAUGCAUUGAAAACAAACUCAUCUAAAUGUGCACAACGAUCUAAAUUAAAAGCACGUUUAAUUUCAUUACGUCAAACUGAACUACAACUUUUUCAUCGUGCUGGACUUUCAAGAGUAGGCAAAACUUUGAAACAACUUAGUAAUAGACAAAAUAACAAUUCUGAAUAUAUUUCAUCAUCCGAUGCAGCUGCCGCCGUUCGAGCAGCUCGACAAAAAUUAAAUAAUGACGCUAGUGAACCACAAAGUGAAAAUGAUCAACAAAAUGCUGUUACAUCUGAACAAAAAAUUAAAAAUAUUCGUGCAGAUAGAAAUGCAUUAAAAAGAAGUCUACAAAAUCAUGCCAGAACACUUUAUGUAUCUCAGAAGAAAAUCGAAGUAGACAAACCAUUUGAAGUGGAAAAUGAUGAUGAUGAUGAUGACGACGGUGACAUCAAUGUAAACGAUAUUGGUGAAAAAGAAGAGAAACAAAAAAUAGAGAUGAGCAUAGACAGUGAAAAGAAUAAAAUUGAUACCGCCAUUUCUGUUCCUCAAUACAAAUUGAACAAAUGUUCAGAUUCUAGCUAUCAAUCAACUUCUGCCCUUAUUUCUACUACUAUCAUGAAUAUUGUAAAUAAUAAUGUCAAUCCUAUAGAUGAUCCCAGUAUAACUAUGAGUAAUGAACAAAGCGUGGAAGAAAACUCAACUGAAAUCAAAUUAUGUGUCGAUAAAAAGCAACAGCCCGCCAAGGUGUUGGGACCAACUUUGCCACCAUCUCAAAAACCUCUUGUAGGUGAUUUCCUUCAAUUACUUACUAUUGUCAUAAUUAAUUGUUUUUCUUUACAAACUGCAUUCUAUCUCUGUGUGAGACUCUUCUUUCAAUGAUCUACAUUACGCGGUAUCUUAGGUGAAUCACAUAUUUCACAUUCACACCAUGCUUACUUCAACAUUACUUUAAAGUGGAACUGAAACUCAUAGAAUAACUCAUAUAAAUUGACAAUACUGUUUCCAAUGAGACCUUUAUUAGAUUUUACUCUAAUAUACAAUUAUUAUUUAUGUGAUGCAUAUAUGAACAAUAUUAAGCCGAGUGGAGCAAUUCAUAUCUUUUCUUCAUUACUACUUCAUGUUUAAUGAGUCUUAUUGUAACUUAUUGGCCAGAUCAUUUUACUUGUUGACUGAAAUGCAUAUGAAAUUCAAGCUCAAAAGUAACGAUUUAUCUAGGAAAAGCGGUUAUAAAUCUCAACUUAUGGGGUAUCUGUUGCUUAUAACACAGGUAUGUUUGAAAAAACGAAAGCUUCCAAUGAAAAUAACGUGAAGAAUAAUUAAAAUGUAUGAUAAUGUAAAUUGUAGUCGGUACCUAUGUCUAAAGUCAAUAUUGAUUAACUACAAUUCAGCAAAGAUAAGGAGCACAAAAAUAUGAAAUCUCCUGAGCUUCAACAAAGAUACAUGCGUAAACUGGAAGUACCUAUUACAGUUGUUGAGAGACUAACUAUAAAAAUUAAAAUGAGUAUCACUAGUUCAUGUAUAAACGGGAGAGCAUUCCACAAUACCAACCAUACAUUACAUACUAGUCAUUGAAUAUUAAUAAGUAGCAUAAAGCAGUACACAAAAAAUAAAGUUGGACAAAUGUAGAACGAGAGAUGUAAACGAAGUGAACACAUUGAAUUAAGAGCAAUAUUGUUCGCUUGCAUGUGUAAUUCCGAUUUACACAUUAAUGAUUAUUUCUUCCCUAAUACUUACAGAAUAAUCAUAUUUUAUGGUUAGUGGUCGGGAUUAGAGCCUGUUGAGAUAUGAAAUAAGAUUUAUUCUAACAAGAAGAGUUUUUUCCGGCGAAUUCAUUUUCAACCCUGAACAAUCGCGAAUCUACAUUUGUUUUGUUAUCAAAAUGAUAAUAGUAGUGCUAAUAAAAACCUAGCUAAACACAGUAACAGUGAAGUAAAUAAGCAAAUGCAUAAAAAUGUUAUUUUCUUAUUUAUUAAAGGAACUAAUAAAAGUGGCGCUGUUAACCAUAUUUAGCAAAGUUUUCAAUGAUCACUAUUUGUUAUGCCCCGAUAACAAUAGUGAAUCGUAACUUUGGGAUCGAUUUAUGAACCAAUAUUAUGCAUAUAUUUUUUGUCGUAUAAUUGCUAAAUAACU